AUGACGCAUGGCAGCCACCACUCAGCAUUGGGAAGGCAGGAUGAACUGGCAAGGACUGCGGAGUUGGUUAAUAAGUGGAAUGGUGCUGGCUGCCGCACCAACUUCAGCACCAAGGCCAUGAGAGAGGAGAAUGGUCUGAAGUACAUCGAGGAGGCCAUCGAGAAACUAAGCAAGCGGCACCAGUACCACAUCCGAGCCUACGAUCCAAAGGGGGGCUUGGACAACACCCGGCGCCUAACUGGAUUCCACGAGACCUCCAACAUCAACGACUUCUCUGCCGGUGUGGCCAGCCGUGGUGCUAGCAUCCGCAUUCCCUGGACUGUGGGCCAGGAGAAGAAGGGUUACUUUGAAGACCGUUGCCCCUCUGCCAACUGUGACCCCUUUGCAGUGACAGAAGCCCUCAUCCGCACCUGUCUUCUCAACGAAACUGGCGACGAGCCUUUCCAGUACAAAAACUAA